AUGGUUAUAGUAUUUGAUCAGGCGUUAUAUGCUAGAGAUUUCAGAUCCUGGUGUGCUUUAUGGAAAGAUACUGCAACGCAGAUAUUGAAUCUGAAGUAUGUUUUCUCAAUUGGCAAGCCUCUAUUAACACAGUGUCUGAAAGCCGUGGCAAAACCAGCACUCGAUGCCGGUUUGGGUAUUCUAGGUGAUGUUGUACAAGUGGAAAACUUCAAAAAAGCGGCUUCAAGAAGAGCAAAGACUAGGCAAGCAAGUUCCUGCAAAGCUGAUGAUAGUAGAAGUUGCAUCAUCGAUUAUUACACUCUGUUUACAGAUACAAAUACAAUUGGUCAAUUGCAAGACCAAGGCAACGGCAACACUCGAGAUGAGUAUCUCAAAGGGUACACAAUCUUCGCAUUUAACCUCACUCUUGACGAAUCGGUCAGCAAUUAUCACCUCAAUUUGAUACAAGAAGAUCUAAUGAAUUCUACAUCUAUAUGCUGCGAUACUCAGGUUCACGUCCAGCAGCUUCGAAUUGUACUACACAUCUUAUUCAUAAUAAUAGCUUCUGGUAUAUUGAUCGUUAUGAGGCACUUCACUGAAUUACGUUACUAUGACUACAAGUUUUUACUACGUUAUCCAGGACACGCGUUCAAAUGGUCAAUAUCAGGAAUACUUAUAGUGGUAUCAUUCUUUAGUGUGGCAGAAGGAAUCCUUACUGAUUUAUCAAGAAAUGACGUCACCAACCCAUACUUGUAUAUUCCACAAAUGUUGUCUUUAUUGGGACUGAUGAUAAGUUUAAUGUAUUACCAUCAUAUGGAGUACUGGGAUCGACCUCAUCUUGUCUGGUUGUUGUUACUUUACUGGAUCAUGGCUAUUAUUGGAGAAGUAUUAGCAAUAUUUAGAGUGUCACAGUCGAUUGGUUUUAAUUACAGUAUUUUGCGAUUAGAUAUUGGGAUUAUUACUACUAUUCUAUAUUCUUGUUGUGCAGCAGUUGAAAUUAAUGUGCUUCAUAAAAAGAUUGUUUGCCCAUUCUCAGAAGAAAAAAGAUUUCCGAAGGAUUUCGUGAAAACAAAUUUAUAUUACAUGCAGUCAUAUGUAAACAUUCUAUCAAAUGCAACUAUAUGGUGGUUAAACUGGUUAGUGUCUCUAUCGCGUCGACAAACAAUUGUGUUGGACGACCUGGGAUGCUUGCCUGGAGAGUUUGAAGGAAAACGUAUGAUAGAAGCAUUUAACAAAGUUUACAGAUAUGAACAGAAUCUGGUUUAUGAAAAAUCCCUACGAUUACCACAGCAGUCAGCAGACGAUACAACUGUCGGAAAAACUAUUAAUCACAUGUCUGUUGAUGUAACUGUAAUACAACAUUUUGUUACAUUGUUUCUUGGUUUUGUGUUGUCAAAUCCGAUUCAAAUUUCUAUUGUGUUAAUUUGGCUACUUCAUUUAAUGGGAAUAGCAGGGGUUGUUGGUAUUUGUGUUGGACUUUUGAUAAUGCCACUUGCAUUGAAAGCAGGCCGGAUGCAACACAAAUUACAGCAUCUUAAAAUGAUGUUUGCUGUAUACUCACGACUCAACACAGAACCUCUAACACCAGACGUAGUUUUUACGGCACUAGCACUGACAAACUUACUAAUUCAACCACUCUCUGUCAUGCCACCGUUUGCUAAAUACGCAAUUGAAGUGGUAACUGCUACUAAAAGGCUUGCACAUUUUCUGUCAGUGGAGGAAAUAGAAAGAUAUGCUGAGCACAGGUCUAUAGCGGACGGUUGUAUGGAUAGCGGUUGCCUUCAUGAACUAUCAGAGGAAUAUGAAAUGAAUACAAUUGAAAUGAAGCCAACCACUCCAUUAGUGCAACGUGUACAGCAGCACAAUUAUCAGACAACACAUGAAAUCAAUCAACUGCCAACCACUGCUACUGCUGGACACAUAGCAACAGAUGUUGCAAUAGAAAUAGUUAAUGGAUAUUUUUCCUGGGGGAGAAGAACAUUGACAAUUGUGGUUGGAAAAAUUGGUACUGGUAAAUCAUCUUUAGUGUCUGCAAUUCUUGGGGAAAUGAAUACAAUAUCAGGAAGUGUAACAUUUAAUGGGAGAGAUAAUCGAAUAGCAUAUGUUGCCCAGAAGGCUUGGUUACAGAAUGCGUCACUACGAGACAAUAUAUUAUUUGGAGAGACGUAUGUUCGAGAGAGAUACAACACUGUACUUCAGGUAUGUGCAUUGAAUGCAGAUUUACGUAGUUUCCCGGGAGGAGAUAUGACAGAAAUCGGCGAGAGAGGUAUCAACGUAAGUGGGGGUCAGAAACACAGAAUCUGUUUGGCGAGAGCUUUGUACAGCAAUACAGAUGUAGUCAUAUUGGACGACCCUUUAUCAGCAUUAGAUGUUCACGUGAGUGCUCAUGUAAUGGAGAAUGCAAUAUUAGGAUACCUUCGUGAGCAACAGCGUACAGUUAUACUUGUAACUCACAAGAUUCAGUAUCUAGAACAUGCUAAUCAAGUUUUGGUCAUGGAAAAUGGUCAAAUAAUAAAGAAAGGGAAUUUAUGUGAAAUACGAAGGCAUAACAUUGAGAUGUACAGACAAUGGGAAGAAUUAAUUUCAACUAUUUCUGAAUAUGAAAAUGAGAAUGAACUGGUUACAAAAAGGGACCAAGACUUAUAUUCAGAGGAUCUUAAAGCAUCCAAACAUCCCACUCUUGUUGAAGAUGAAAGCUCACCAGUUGGUGUUGGAUGGUAUAUGGUCUAUUUGUAUCUCCGGGCUCUGAAAUUACCACGUGUAGGCGUUCUUGUGCUUGUGAUACUCCUGAAAAUUGUCACUUACGUAUUCCUUAAUAUGUGGAUAUCCAACUGGUCACAAGCUGGCCAGGACAGUCUCAAUAAGACCAAGGUUGAACAAGAGAUGGUGGUUACAUAUUAUCUGCCACGAUGUAGUAUCGUCAUAUGUCUAUACAUCAUGAUGAACGCCAUAACGAAUGCAUGUUUAUUUAUAUUCUGCAUAUCAGCGGCAAAGAGGUUAUUUAAUCAAUUGUUAUAUAAUGUUAUAUAUUCACCAAUAAGAUUCUUUGAAACAACACCUGUGGGUCGUCUUCUCAAUAGAUUCUCUGCUGAUGUGCGUUCAGUAGAUCAAUCAUUUUGGGAAUGUCUACAUAUCUUAUUGGGUGCUAUUACAGUACUUGCUGGGACAUAUGUAGUCAAUGCUAUUAUAUCUCCCUAUUCCAUUCUUCUAAUGAUACCCGUUGGAGUGAUAUCAGUAGUAUAUAUUAUCAUCUGCUCCCGCUUACCACGGUCAGGGACAAACCUGCUAAAUUUGAUACUGAUAUUUAUAAUCGACUCGUUAAGCUACUUCAACGGUAUUGAACGUGUUUUAGAGUAUGCCAGCAUGGUUCCGGAAAAACUAGAAGGUACUGUUUCUCCGCCUAAUAAUUGGCCAAGCAGAGGAUCCAUCAACAUACACAAUAUUACGGCUCGUUAUGCUAUUAGUUUGGACCCAGUGUUAUCAAAUGUGAGCGUCAAGAUCAUACCUGGAGAAAAGGUUGGAAUAUGUGGUCGAACUGGCAGUGGAAAAUCGUCCCUCACUCUCACAUUAUUGAGGAUGAUAGAUAUCAUUGAAGGUCGUAUCGUAAUUGAUGGUAUCGAUAUAUCAACUAUUCCUGUAUUGACACUUCGUCGUAGAAUGUCUAUUAUCCCACAGGAUCCUGUUCUCUUUUGUGGCACUCUACGGUUUAAUUUAGAUCCUGAAGAAAAGUACGGGGACCAGGAUUUAUGGAAUGCUCUUGAAAUCGCACAAUUGAAAGACUGUGUGCUUGAAAUGAAUGAACAAUUAGAUACAAUUGUUACUGACGGAGGAGACAACAUAAGCACUGGACAGAGACAAUUAAUUUGCCUGGCGAGGGCUUUCCUGCGAAAAAGCCGAAUCCUUAUCAUGGACGAAGCCACUGCAUCUGUUGAUUUGGAAACAGACGCUACACUACAGGCCGUUAUUGCCACAGCAUUUUCGGAUAAAACAGUUCUAACAAUAGCGCAUCGCAUAUCUACCAUACUUGACUCUGAUACUGUACUGGUACUAAGUGAAGGCAGAGUUGUGGAAUAUGGUACACCACAAAAAUUGCUUAGGAAGGAUGGUGGUAUGUUUGCAUCAUUAGUGAACAAUACAGAGUGA